AGGGAGGUGACUACCGGCUUCAAAGCACGUGACCCGGUCCUAGAGCCGGAAGCUACCUAUCCUGGUAGGGAGCUCCUCCAGCACCUAAGGCUGCGAUGACUUCUGCACUGACCCAGGGGCUGGAGCGAAUCCCAGACCAGCUUGGCUACCUGGUGCUGAGUGAAGGUGCAGUGUUGGCGUCAUCCGGGGAUCUUGAGAAUGACGAGCAGGCAGCCAGUGCCAUUUCUGAGCUGGUCAGUACAGCCUGUGGUUUCCGGCUGCACCACGGCAUGAACGUCCCCUUCAAGCGCUUGUCUGGUGUGUCUCCCCUCCAGUGGUCUUUGGAGAACACACGCUGUUGGUGACCGUGUCAGGACAGAGGGUAUUUGUGGUGAAGAGGCAGAACCGUGGCCGGGAGCCCAUUGACGUCUGAAUGUGCCAGAGGGCGAGGGUUGGAGAAGCGGACUAGGUCUGUGGGCCUCCCAGGAUGAGAAACCCAAACCUCCACCUCUUCUUGACCUGCUGCCGGAACUAGAACCUUCUGCUCACCCACCUCCCCACCCCUACCUGAAGGGCUGAGGUUAAGAGGAACACAAGUAAGGGGAACUCCUUUCCUCUCUCUUCCUAAUUAAUAAACAUGAAGUCUGAUGCUCCUAGGCUCAGGAAUAUGUAUGGCAGGGGCUGUGCUGUGGUAGGGGAGUACACAUGUUCUCCUUUCUUUUGCACUCCCGGGGAUUGAACUCAGCACCUUGAGCUAGCAAGAGCUCUAC